UCCCUCCCUCCUAUUUCUGGGAAGGUUUCAUUUAGCCGAACUUGAAAAUUACAGAGCAAGUGAUUCUUAGGUCAACGAGAAACCCUGUGAUUGAGCGAAUGAUUGGGAACUUACUAGCCCGCUCCGCCAUUUCCAGGCCGAAUUCUUCUCAACCUUUCUUCGGACUUACACGUUUUGGAUGGUCCUGGCGCUCUUAUGGUCUUAAUUGUGCUCUAGCUGGGAAAGGUGUGAUAGUAAAGGACAAUGCUUUUCUAAAUUUGAAGUCUUCUGAACUGUUCCAGAAGGGUGCAAUUGUCGCAGAGUUCCUAUCAGGAUUUCCCAUUCAUGUUAGGGGCAAUGCUCGAGGGUUGUCGGAGAUUUCCAAGCCGCAAUUCACUAAACUUUUAAAGCAGGUCACAAGUCACAUUUCGUCCAUCUCAAAUAUUUAUGUUCAUGAUGGCGCAAUUGGUUCAACAUCAAAAUGUGAUGUGAAAAUUCGUAUAAUAAGUGAUGGUCCUUCUUCUGUGUUGGCAUUUUCAAAUAUUAUAUGGGAGACUCCAGCCCGGGCAAUUUCUCGUGAUUCUUGUUCUUUGACAGUUUAUGCUGCUGAAUUUAUAAGCCCGGGGGUGGGAAAUACAAUUGGUCUUGGAACUGGAGGAGAUAAUGGAUUCAUCGCUGCUGAUAUUGAGCGUUCAAUGCUGAUACUAUGCGGAAAGGCUUUCUCAGAUACAAAUGGAACUAAAGAAACACUUGUUGCUUUAUCUGAACCUGUGAUAUUUGCACGUGGAGGACUUCCUCUUCCUGCAAGGCUUCUAGUUUCUGGUGAUUCUGUUAUUUUGUUGUUUGCACCUGAAGACGUUAUUCAGAACUGUGCUGCUUUUCUGGUAUCUGGAGAUGCUGGUGUCAUUCUUUCCUCCGAAGGUGUCAUGCCAUAUUUUCGAAUGGAGAAUACUAAUGUCCCAAAUCUCUUUAAAUUGCCUUCUGCUAUUGUUCUUGUAACUUCUGAUGGCUCCAGAACUAUUCCUUCUGCUUCAAAGCUCUCUCCUGGUCAGGCUGCAUAUCACUUUUUGGCUGGGUAUCAGGAUGGUAAAUUUGUGCCUGCAUUCCACAAAGGCCCUUCAUCCAUUGACCCAUUGGAACUGGCAAAGGCUUUACUGUACAUGUUAAAAGAGCAGCACAUCCCAUCCUUUCUAGUUAAUGCCAAAGGAACAGAAAGUCCAAGCGGAAAGGAUCUUGUCACUUUAGUGGAGUCAACUCUGUCCAUGGACAUCCCACCCUUUCAAGCUAGAGGAGGUGGACUUAAGAGAAGGUACGAAAGCUUUCUAAGCAGAAAAUAUGAACAACUGCUUGAGGAUUUUUCAUUCUGAAGGUGACCAUCGUAAUCCUUUCAUGUAGUUUUAGUGUUGACAUGCUUGUGUAUACAUGAAGAUGAACAAAAUUUUCAGUUAUGAACUAUAACUAUUGUGGCUUGUUCUACUUUUUCUUUUCUUUAUUUCCAAUUUGUGGACCACCUUUUUUCUAUGGUUAGUGAUUUAGACUUCAGAUAGGAAUAGGAUGACUGUUUUUCCUUCUCUAAGAUUAAAGAAAGAGAAAGUUGAGAACACAUGGGAUGUCUCUCAGAGAAAAUGAUGUGGAAGAAAUUAAUUAAAUCAUUGAUUUAAUAUCAAA